AUGUCGUCUCAAAGCCUCUCUCGCAAGAGACCCGCGCCAGGAGCAUCUCCACUAGCCCACCAGCAGAUGCAGCCAUUGCCCAACUUCCCAAUCCCCUCACAGCUUUCGAAUGAGCAAUUUCUACAGCAAUGGGCGCCUAAUACAUCAUCUUCAGGUAUAAACCAAUCGAAUAUGAACACAGGCACCUUUUCAGCGGGUGAUGAUGCUACCGGGCAGAUGUCGAAUCAACUCACAAGGCGGCCCGGAAAUAACCAGAUUAUUGGCCGGGCCAGAAUGACUGACCAGAAUCUGAUGCCAAUGAUGGAACAGAAUUCGAUGCGCACCAAUGAUCCCGGGAACUCAGGGAACGGUGAGACCGAGGCCGAGAUGAGACAGAGAGCCCUUCGAGUGAAGAAGGAGGCACAAGCAAAGCGGAAACAGAUUCCUCCAUUCAUUCAGAAGCUGACUAGUUUUCUGGAUGACUCAAAAAAUGCAGAUUUAAUUCAGUGGUCCGAGGAUGGGAACUCGUUUAUUGUCCAGGAUGAAGAUGAAUUUGCAAAGUCUCUGAUACCAGAGCUCUUCAAGCACAAUAAUUAUGCUUCGUUCGUGCGGCAAUUGAAUAUGUACGGCUUCCACAAAAAGGUCGGGCUAUCAGACAACUCCAUGCGAGCUAGUGAGCGGAAGAAUAAAAGCCCCAGCGAAUACUCUAAUCCAUAUUUUAAACGUGGUCAACCCGAUCUGCUAUGGCUGAUACAGAAGCCCAAAAACAUGUCGGGCCAGGGCAAAGGGGGGUCGAAAGGCGGCGGCCGUGUCAAGGCGGAACCGGAUGUGGAUGAAGGCGAGAAUGAAGAAUAUGAAGAUGGCGGAGGCCCUAGCGGCACUGCUGGUCGGGACGAUAAGUCACGAUUCAGAGGUCAGCUGGCUCUCGGAUCUGGAGAAGGGACUUUACCUGGAGACCAACUGUCAGAUGUAUAUCGUGAACUACAAACUAUUCGCCAUCAGCAGCAUGUUAUAUCAAGCACGAUCCAGAAGCUUCGGAGGGAGCAUGAACAACUUUACGAGCAGGCCGCAAAUUUCCAGGAGCAACAUACACGCCAUGAAAACUCCAUCAACGCUAUCCUUACCUUCCUAGCAACUGUUUAUAACAGAAGCCUCCAGGGACAUGAAGGUGCUCAGGGCCUGGCUAAUUCAUUUGCUGGGGCUAUAUCCCAAGACCACCAGGGCCCCUCGGGCAACAUCGUCGAUGUUGAUGAAUUGGCAGACAACUAUGAAGAGGAACUCAUGCCAAACCAGCCACCAUUCAAGAAACAGAGGCUACUUCUCGGUGCUCCUCCUACUCGUGAUACCCAAGGCCGCCAUACUAUGUCUCCCAGCCCAGCUACUACCUCGUACACCCCAAACCAACACAGCUCCGGUCCUCACAAAGCUAGUGUCCAGCCCGUCUCGGAGGUAGAAGAGCUUUAUGAUUCUACAAGCCCUAUGAACAGCUCUGUUCAGGGACAGCAGCAGCAGCGCCCACAACAACGUCAGAGUCAAACCCAACAAACACAGAACCAGCGCCAAAACCUCACACACCCACAUCCGAAGCACCAAGGCUCCCCUGGCCACCUCCCACAGCGAGACAUCAUGUCGCUGAUUCAAAAUUCUAAUGCGCGCAGCAACUUCUCUACUAAUCCCCCUGACUUCCCCACCGUGCUCUCCUCCCUCGAAACAUCAGGCGGCAAUGCUCCUCUUACUGCUGCCCAGCGAGCGGACAUGCUCCGUCUCAUCUCCAAUGAAAACGACGCCGCCCACCCAUCUUCCAAUCCAUCCCAGAACAACGCUUUAAUUACGCCUAACCCGCCUCAGAUGCCAUCCAACUACUCUGCCCAGCUGGCUAGCACACGUUCUGAACUGGAUAAUCUUGUUAAGAUGCAAGCUGAGCAAGCUAGCCCUACAGGAUCAAUACCUGGCCUAGAGAACGCAAAUAUUCCACCUCCGCCGCUUGAUCUGGACAAUAUCUUCAACAGUGGUGAUUACUUCUCCGACAUCCCUGGUGUAGAAAACUCCAUCAAGGAGGGCCAGAAUCAAACAGACACUACCGCCGCCGCAACAACCGUUGGGACCAAUGAUACCAAUAUAACUGCUGGCCCAGACAACAACCAAGCAGACGAACUCUUCGAUUUUGAUACCCUCGCCGCCGACCCGUCAGUGGACGCGUCUUUCUCCAAUACCCACCCAAACCCCACGCAAUCGUCGGAUCCGCUUCAGUCAAUACAAUCUGCACCAAAUUUUUUCGACACGUUUGACCAGUUUGAUAACGCGACCAACUCGGGCCUUAGCGGGUUAGGCGAUGUUUCGGACGCUCACAACGCGUCGGGUAUCAAUCUGAGCAACCUCGGUGGCACCACACCUGACUUAGAUCGGAACAAGAUUACAGAGACGUUUACCCCUAGCGAGGCCACAAGCCCUUCAAACACGCAUGCUGACGAUAGCCAGAACCUAGUGGUGGAUGGUACCACAACACACACCCAAGGUAGCCCCCAGAAUAUACAGAGACGCGCAAGGAACCAACAGUGA